AAACUUCAGUGUCAGAAGCCAUUUAUUGCCAUAUAUGAUAGAGGAAUUUGACUUGGCGACUUCCUUGGUUGUUGUAUGUUAGUACAGAAUCUAGCUCAUUGCAUCAUUUACAGUGUUGUUAUAGCAGCUAUUUAAUGCCUACGUGGUAUGUGGAGAGAGAUUAACGCUGCUAUGUCCAAAUACACUUUUAUGUGACAGCACGCAUUUGGCCAUUAUCUCUCACCCGGUCGGUUAACUACAAGUAUCUUCUGGCCUUGUUCUUUCAGCUUGCUGUUUCACACUCAACAACAAAGUGUGUUGAAAUCCCAAAGUAACAUAAGAACAAUUUGGAAAAAUCUGCUUAAACUUUUAUGCAAAGGCUCUUGAAUCUGGAGACUUUUUAAAAACGUAUUUAGAUAACAAGUCACAUCUCAGCUUAGUGGCACCAUCUGGUGGUUUGUCUCCCAACAAAGCACACAGAUACGGAGUAGAAACAAGCUGAAAUUGAGCGCAUUCACAUAUUUUUUAUAUUUCUCUGCCUUUUGUUUACCUUGUAAGAAUCAGUUCAGGCUGUUAAACAGCAGGCAGGGACACACAAAAUAUAUCAAUUAAUUGGCAAUACAGGAAGGAUUUUAGAAUGUAUUUUUUAAAUAUCCUUUUAGCCUUCAAUGCUUAAUAUGCGAUGAUGGAUUCACUAAGUGAGACGUCUCUGUUUUGUGCAUAUGGGCAGGAUGAAAAAAACAAAAAAAACGACACCAUAAUGACACAGUGUGGGAUGAACAAAACCAAAAGCGAAAUCAAAGCACGACAUUCUCCAGCAACUAGUUUUCACAGUUACCUCAUUUAAUCUGUUCUAUUUAAAAUACACUUUUUUACAUCUGAGUUUCUGAUUGGUGCCUAUUUCUCUGUCUGUGCAGCUACACUCACCAUGCUGUUAAUUUCAUGAAAUUGCCAGAAAGAAAAUAUACUAAUUGUGUAAAAAUGUCAUGGCUCAUCAUUAUGUCUUUUUAAGGUGCACAAGCUCUUCAACACCAGUCCUAUAAUAACGUCUUGUUAAAAACUACAAACUCAUUUGGAUGGUAAAAAUAUAAUUUUGCUGUGCUGCGGAAAAAAAAAAAAAUGAUUUGCAAAUACCAAACAAAAUUUGAAACAAGAAAAUAAAUGAUGGUUUUGAGACAGAUUAAAAAAAAACAAACAUAAAUGAGUCACUGUGGCCAUACUUCCACAUUAUGAAAAUGUUUUAAUGUAUCUAAAGACUAAACAAAGUGAAUUAGGAAAGAGAAAAGCAUUCCAGAAUCUACUUGAACGAGCGUCUGAUGAACGUCUGAUGUAGCCACAAGAAACUCUAAGAAACUCAUAUUGUUGACUCUGUGAAACAGAUGUACGUGUGUGAAAAGUGAAGGAGACAAGGUGGCUGCAAAGAUGAUGGAGUGCAGGUCAGGUGAUAUUGUCAUCAUCACAAUCCAGCAGGGAUCUGGUUGCCAUGGAGUGUGCAUGUGCGGAUAGGGGUGGUAUUUAGGGAAAGUAUCCGUACAAUAUCGUCAUAUGUAGGGAAUCAUUUUAAAAUCGUAACAGAAUUUUAGUCUCACAACAGGGUUUUGGUGAAGGGUUGAAGUUAGACUGAGGGUUAGGCGUGUAGUGCUUCCAGUCAAGGUUAAACUAGCACAGGCCCCCAGGGAAUACAUGUGUGCCCAUGUGUUGUGUAAGGUGGGGGGUUUACAAGAGACACAUGGUUGCCAUGGAUGACCUUCUAAGAGAGACGCCCACAUGCAAACAGCCGCAGAAUUGGGAACUGCAGGCUACAUCAGUCACAUAAAGACAUCUACAGUGCAACACCAUGGGCCUUUGCUAUAAACCUAAAAGCACGAAAAAAAACAAAAAAACUGUGACUAUCUAAAUGUGCAUGUGCGCAUGAAACGUGCGAGACAACUCCCAACCACUUCCUACCAACCACCGCCUGAAGAUGGCGCUCCAUGCCCUUUUGUGACUCCUAUGGUGCGCGCGCACGCAUGUGCGUGAGCGAGUGCGAGAAGCGAGACAGAGGGAGCUGCUGUCUGCCGACUCUCCGGCGGUGUUGCCUCCCCGUCGCUGCAGUGCUUCUUUUUUUGCAGGCUCUCCCGCCUCUUCCCGUCCCUCUUGUCUUGAAUUGUUCCAUCUCUCUCGCUUCCCAUCGCUUCGUCUGCUUCCGCCACCCGUCCCCUCCACAUCCUGCUCCUCCACCCUCGCGGAUGCCUCAACCUCGCACCCCCGUCCCAGGAUCCAGGCAAAGGAUCGCCAUCCCCAGCGUGUCCGGACGCAGCGAAAAGGCGCACCGCUCCGUUGUGAUCUGAUCCGUGCACAUUGCGGUUUGACUUGAAGGGGAGAGAGAGAGAACGAGAGGGGGAGAGAGAGGGGGAGAAGCGGACCAGGGGGACCAGGGGCAGAAGAGGGAAACGAGGGGAACCCGCCCGCUGACAGUGGCCAGGAUCACACUUCGCAAUGCCGGUGCCGGAGCAGCCUGCGGAGCAGGAGAAGGGGGCCGCGGUUGCCCCCGUGAUGCCAGCCUCCAAUGGAGACAGAUCUGAGACGGAGACAACGUCCUCCAUCCUCGCCUCUGUGAAAGAGCAGGAGCUUCAGUUCGAGCGCCUCACCAGGGAACUUGAGGCCGAGCGUCAGAUUGUCGCCACCCAGCUGGAGAGGUGCAAGCUGGGAUCAGAGGCGGGGAGCAUGAGCAGCAUCAGUUCAGCAGAUGAGCAGUUUCGGUGGAGAGCUCAAGCCGAUGGACAAAAGGACAUUGAGGACGAGUUGACAACUGGUUUGGAGUUGGUGGAUUCCUGCAUUCGCUCCCUCCAGGAAUCAGGAAUACUUGACAGUGGAGAACGACCGGCUCUUCUUUCCCAGAGUACCUUGCAGCUUAACUCCACCCCGGAGGCUUCGCUCCAGUACUCUGCCAGCUACCAUAGCAACCAGACCCUCGCCCUUAGCGACAGCAUCUCCGCAGCAACUUCUCAGCGCAGCGGGCAGGUUGGAGGAGCCGUGCACAGCUACAACCAGGUGACCUCUAGCCGUGCCGCCCAGCAGCAACAGUCACAUUCUGGGGCAGGGUCAGGUAUCUACUACUCCAGCUCCACCUUACCCGCCCAGCGUGUCAGCUCCCCUCUCUCUGGAGGAGCAGGAGGCUCGGGAUCCGGUUCCCCGGGUAAGCUCCAGCGGCUGGGAUCAGCCUCCGACGCAGCGGGGUACUCUACCACUCAGCGCCUGCCGUCCUCCUCUUCUCCCAGCAAACAGUCACCUGGUACUCGACUCGCCAAGUCAUACAGCACCACGGUUGCUGUGACUACAGCAGGAGGGGGCGUGUCUCCCCUGAGGGUCGCAUCUCCACCCAACUCAACAGCAGCAGGGGGAGGGGCCGGUUCAUCAUCGUCCCCUCUUCACCAGAUGAGUUCGGGCAUAGGGAGCUAUGCCACUCUGUCUCCCAAACGGCUGGCAGCUCACCACGCUUCGGACCAGUACAAGAUCGCCCACGAGCUCUACGCUACCGCCACACUCCAGAGGCCGGGCAGCCUGGCAGGCUCCCGUGGCUCCUACAGUAGUCAGCACAGUCAGGAGCCCCUUCGGCCUUUGGGGUCCCCAGAGCACCAUAUUGAUCCCAUAUACGAAGAACGUGUCUACCACAACAAGGGCCCCAUGAGGAGCCUGAGCCAGAGCCAGGGGUCUGACACAGGCCCAUACCGCAACAACACCGCUCCCUCUUCCCCCGGUGUCGACUCCGCCCCUUUGCAGCGCACAGCAAGCCAUGGCACCGGGACGGGAAACUACAGCCGUGGCGGGACCAACAACUACGCCACAGUGGGACCGGGCUACACCUUGAGCGGAGGUAGCGGAGACGUGUACGGCUCAGACCCCUUUGUGGCAGACCCCUAUCGCACCCUGCAGUACUGCCCCUCAGUGGUGGAAUCGCCCUACAGCAAGUCUGGACCAGCCCUGCCACCUGAAGGCAGCCUGCAGCGCUCACCUUCCAUCGACUCGAUCCAGAAAGACCCCAGAGAGUUUGGGUGGAGAGAUCCUGAGCUGCCAGAGGUGAUCCAGAUGCUACAGCACCAGUUCCCAUCGGUGCAGUCCAACGCUGCCGCUUACCUACAGCAUCUCUGCUUCGGAGACAACAAGAUCAAAGCCGAGAUCCGCAGACAGGGAGGCAUCCAGCUGCUGGUCGACCUCCUGGACCACAGGAUGAGUGAGGUUCACCGCAGCGCCUGCGGAGCCCUGAGGAACCUGGUGUAUGGCAAGGCCAACGAUGAGAACAAAAUUGCCCUGAAGAACUGCGGCGGGAUUCCUGCCUUGGUCCGCCUGCUGAGGAAAACUGCAGAUGUGGAGAUCAGAGAGCUGGUCACAGGUGUGCUCUGGAACCUGUCGUCAUGUGAUGCUCUGAAGAUGCCGAUUAUUCAGGACGCCUUGGCCGUUCUCACCAACAGCGUCAUCAUACCGCACUCGAGCUGGGACUCCUCCCCCAAUCACCUCGAUGACCGCAAGCUCCAUCUCCAUACCUCACAGGUGCUGCGCAAUGCUACAGGGUGUCUCAGGAAUGUAAGCUCUGCCGGUGAGGAGGCGAGACGAAGGAUGAGGGAGUGCGACGGCCUGACAGAUGCUCUGCUCUACGUCAUCCAGACCUCUCUAGGCAGCAACGAGAUCGACAGCAAGACUGUAGAGAAUUGUGUUUGCAUCCUGAGGAACUUGUCGUACCGUUUGGCCGCCGAGACGUCCCACGGCCAGCAGGGGGGGCUGGAGGAGCUGGACGGCCUGCUUUGUGACGCCAACGGCCGCGACGCAGAGAGCUCUGGCUGCUGGGGCAAGAAGAAGAAGAAAAAGAAGGGAGCCGAUCAGUGGGACGGCGUGGGCCCCUUUCCGGACACAGCUGAUCCUCCCAAAGGAGUUCAGAUGCUGUGGCACCCCACCAUCGUCAAACCUUACCUGACCCUGCUGUCUGAAUGCUCCAAUCCCGACACCCUGGAGGGAGCAGCCGGGGCUCUGCAGAACCUUGCCGCAGGCAGCUGGAAGUGGUCGGUGUACAUACGGGCUGCCGUGCGUAAGGAGAAAGGCCUUCCCAUCCUGGUGGAAUUACUGAGGAUAGACAAUGACAAGGUGGUGUGUGCCGUGGCCACUGCCCUCAGAAAUAUGGCCCUGGACAUUAGGAACAAAGAGCUCAUUGGUAAAUACGCCAUGAGAGAUUUGAUCCAUCGGUUACCGGGCUGCAGCAGCAGCAACAACAACGCCACCAGCAGUGGGACCACCGGCACCAGCGGCCCACCCAGCAAGACCAUGUCAGACGACACGGUAACCGCCAUCUGCUGCGCACUGCACGAAGUCAUUACCAAGAACAUGGAGAACGCAAAAGCCCUGCGUGAUGCCGGGGGCAUCGAAAAGCUCAUCGGCAUCGCCCGCAGCAAAGGAGACAAACACUCAGCUAAGGUGGUAAAGGCAGCCUCUCAGGUCCUAAGUUGUAUGUGGCAGUACAGAGACCUACGCUCCCUCUACAAGAAGGAUGGUUACUCCCAGUACCACUUUGUGGGCUCUGCCUCAACGAUAGAGAGAGACAGACAGAGGCCCUACUCCUCCUCAAGAACUCCCUCUGUCUCCCCUGUUAGGACAUCCCCGAAUAACCGCUCCGCAAGCGCUCCAGCCUCCCCCAGAGAGAUGAUGAGUCUGAAGGAACGCAAGAUGGACUAUGAUUCCACAGCAACCAACGCUGGUUUCCAUAGCAACAAAGGAGAGCACACAUCCCGGAAAGACGGCAUGGCAGUUCAAGUUUCCUGUGGAACAUCGACAUUGUUCCGAAACUCUUACCUGACCGCCUGUGAUGACAUCAAGCAAAACCAGGCUCCAACCCAGCCCGGCGCCUUGCCCCCCCAGCCCCAGCAGGACAGCCCGUCAGCAGCCGUGCUAAAGGACUACGACCCCUACCCUCCCCCUCCUUCCUUCCCCCAGCCUCAGCCGCCGCAACCGCCACCUCACAGCCAGAGUCGCAGCUUCAGCGAGGUCUACUACGAGGACCAGGGACCUCCACCUCCUCCGUCCCACCCACAGCCUCAGGUCCAGGCGCAGUCCCAGCCCCAGGCCCAGCCCCAGCAGCCUCCAAGCUCCACAGGACCCCCCCGAGACCCGCGGGAGGACCUGCGCAUGCAUCUGGGCCUCAAAUCCACCGGCAACUACGUAGACUUCUACUCAGCCUCUCGGCCGUAUAGUGAACUGAACUAUGAGACCAGCCACUACCCGGCCUCGCCUGACUCCUGGGUCUAGUUGGGCUAGAAUUGUGGGAGGGGGGGGGGGGGCAGAGAGAAUCUGUGUGUGCGAGUGUGAAAGGGAUUUUUUUUGCAAGCGAUCAACAGCAGAUUAACACAGGAUGACAGUAAAUGGCCUGUUGCAACGGGAUCUGGUCGCCAGUGGCAAGACAUGUGUGCUAUUUAAAUAAGGGGGGAAGACAGAGCUAGAUUGGGUUAAGAAGCAACGUCAGGUCAAGUGACAAAGAGAUACUGUGCAUGUGCAUGCAGACAUUUUCCGGACUUUUUUUAUUUCUCUUUUAUUUCGGCUCCAUUGCAAAACCAUCGAGUGGAUAAAGGGGGACUAGAUAUGAAGAAGUUGGUUUAAAAGGUGAGUGAGAAGUGGGCAGGAGAAUACAGAGAGAAUAAGACCAAGAGGAGCGAGCACUCAAGAGACCAAGAGGAGAGGAGGGAGAUGGGAUCAAGAAAUACCGGGGAGGGGAUGAGGGUGAGCUUGUACUCUGUAGGAGCACGAAGUGGCCCGACCUUUUGUUAAAGGCAGAGAAGACGAGGAGAGGGACAAAGAUGGCGUGAGGUUCUUUUUAAUAGGUCAGGAGGAAUAAAAGCACAGAGAAAAUGAAAUCACACCAGGCACAAAGCAAGAAGUGGAUGUGUGACAAACGUAGCACUGCUUUAACCCAAUCACCACCCCCCUCCUUUUUUGUUGCAAUGGCCUUGCCGCCUACGGAGGCUUCUGAAUUUAUUUCAAAGAAUGUCAUCGUCAACGGACAUCUUUUUUUGCGAUCAUUCUUUCACAGCUUUUUUUUUGUUUUUACUUGUACUUUUCUAAAUUUUCACAAAAGCAUUUUUAUUUUGUGUACAGUUUCAAAGUGAUAAAGUGUGUAUAUUACACAUGUGAAGUGUGUGUGAAGUGAGGCCACUUGUGAAAAUGUGAUGAUUUUUUUUCCCCCUGUGAUUGACAACUGACUGAAACAACAAAAGCAACAAAAAUAUGUGCAAGAGACAGACAUCGUCAGGAUGGAUGUCAGUGGACACCUUUUGUUUUGACCUUUUCCAAGAGGAAACAUUACAGUGUUUGUGUUUUUCUCCCUCUAUCAAAUAAAUGUCAUUGUGGACAAGUUCAAGCGGCAGCAGCAGCAUCCGAUUGGCAGAGCUGUAUCGCUCCCGAGCCCCUGUCAAGAAAAGUGCUUUUUCACUGCCUAAAGAAAACAUGUGUAUGUUUAAAGCACACUCCGUCGUCGGCAAAGGGUUGUCUUUUCCUUUUUUGGGGAGCUGAUACGUUUGACCCUGCCGACUAUCCCGUGGUUUCUCAUCAUCACCUGUGCAUAGAAAACUGGUCCCGUCCGAGUGUACAGUAGCGAUAGAGGAAGAGAGAGACAUGACAUUGUGCCAAACUUUGACACCCCUCGUGGACCAGUCCGGAAGGACGUUCUGUCGAAGUUUCUCUGGACGAUGGGGUGCGUGACCUUACUCUUCUUUUCUUGUGUUUUUUGAUCAGGUAAAGCAGUACUUAUUGCCGGGGAUGAGGGGAAACAUCUCUCUCCCGUAGAUGUACAGACCUGCCUCUCUGUGUUGGCUGAGCGUGUGGUGGGACACGUGUGUGCGUGCGUUUGUGUACGUGUGCAUGUAUGUGACCGAAUGGGUGGCCCGUGUGAGUACACGUAAAUUGAGCGAGCGUAUCUAUGCAUGCAUGUGUGUAGUAGUGUGUGCGUGUGCCUCCUGUUGCGUGCGUGUGCGUUCCUGUGUAAAUCAAUGUCCAAACAAGGCAUUCCUACCGACAGUUUGUCCAAUUUUACAACAUGAAAAGGUAAAAAUCACUAGAAUGAAUUGUUGAAAUAGAAUGAGAAAUAUAUGAAUAUAUGAAUAUAAAUAUAAAUAUAUAUAUAUAAUUUUUAUGUGCAGAUGUCAAUGUCACUAAAUGCAACAAAUGUUCGCAGACAAAAAAUGAUUAUGUGGUGUACAACAGGACUCUUGUUCACUUGACCUAGACAUGGAAGCUGCUGAUCGGGCCCCCACCCCCUUCCUCCCUAAUCAAGACAAAAGAGAAAUCCCACCUGAAGAUGCUCAGGCUUUGGUGCGAGUUGUGUGUUUAUUGUGUGUCCAUGCUUCUUAGAUGACCCUGCUGAGAGAGGACCGUACCGUACUUGAACACGAGGAAAAAUAAAAGACUCUUUGCAAUCAAA